AUGUGCUUUUGCUGUGGCUCAAAAGUCGACGAUGACAAGGAAGAGAUUGAAAUGCUCAAGCAGCAGCUUGGGGAAAAGGAUAAAGAAAUCGAAGACUUGAAGAAGAAAAUGUACCAAAUGAGGGAAGCACAACGAAAAAAGGAAAUGGAUGAGAAAGACAAGAUCAUUGCUGACAUGCGAGACAUGCUUAGAGAUAAGCAGCAAGGCGGGUCUGUUGAUCCUCCAUCUUACGAAAAAGCUGCUUCAAGGAUCCCAGCAUUGACUGAGCGUGAAAAAUUCGUCCUCCGAGUUCGCAAGAUGGAAGGUCACUACUUCGGCAACGAUGCCGUCAAGGGAGUCCGACCACCUCAUGAUAAGGAAGACUACAUGGCGUUGAUGAAAUCUGUUGCCAAGGGACUAAGGACUUUCAAUGUGAAAUGCACGUUGAAAUCCGACGUGGAAAUUUCGAUGUUUGGCUGGAAAAUUCGUCAGGUUUCCAAGAUUCCAGGUCUGACGCUCUUGAUUGGCGAAAUGGUGAUUAUCUGGGAGUUGUUCUUGUCGAGAGAUGGGGAGCCCGUCCGGUUCAAAGCCAAAUGUGACUACAUUGGUGAGCCGUCGGGGCGAUCGAUCAAGACUCAAGAUUGGGAAACAAGCGAGAAUGACGAUGCGUCGAUUCUCCAUCACAAACCGAGAUACUCAGUUCGAGACAAAACACACAGAAAUAAAUAUGAAAUUCACUCUUGCUCUUUUGCCGCUGCCAACGCUGAGGUCCAGUCCAAGCCCGACGUUCCCAACCCAUUUGCUGAGCAGCGAGACAACCUCCGAGAGCACAUCAACUACACCCUCAACCAGUGGUACGGCGAAUGCGAAAGCUUCGACCGAUGGAGUGAUAAGCUCAACAACAUGGUCGACCGACUCGACAAGGCCUUCAACAAGUGCGGCGAGGAAUACACCUCCUGGACUCGAAAGCGACGACAGGCUGAGGAAGAAGGCGAAAUCGAAGAGCGACUCUCCAAGAAAAACGAGGCCAAGGCCACCUCCCAGAUCCGAUCCGUCACCAAGCGAAUCGUCGGACGAAACCUCGGCGGCUGCACCCGAAACAGAAUGCUUGCCCGAGCUGAGCGAAUCGUCGGACAGAUGGUUGACGCAAAAACUUCUGGUUCCUGCUAA